AUGACCUUCCAGAUCUUCGAACGAGACACAAAUCCAUACCAUCGCGGAAAGGGCUGGGCGUUGUACUCUCACUGGGUGCUGGACGACUUCCUCUCCCUGCUCCCUCAGCAUCUCAUCAACAGACUGCCGGAGACAUACAUAGAUCCACAAGCCACUGCUCGAGGCGAGAAUGGCCGCUUCACGUUCUUCGACCUGAGUACUGACGAGGCGAAAUGGCAGGUGCCGCCUACACGGCGACUGAGGCUGUCGAGGAAUAAGUUGCGGAAUUUGCUGUUGGAUGGGAUUGAUGUACAGUGGGCUAAGCGUGGUGUCAAUAUAAUUCAGGAUGGUGAAGGCCUCGAAGCUCACUUUGACAAUGGAUUCACUGUGGCUGUGCCCGUACGUUUUCUGGGUGCAAGCACAAUCACCCCGGCAGACGUCGGUAAACGGUUCAAGGAACUCGACCCCUUCUGCUUUCAAGGUGGCGAUCCACAGACGGACAGCUUCUUGUUCUUCUCUUUCCUUGACACUCCCACCAGCAACGACCGGAACACAGACAGCGACUUCGAGUGCUAG